AUGUCAAAACAAAGCCAUGCGAAGAAGACAGUAGCUGUCGUUGGCUCCGGAUUGGCUGGUCUGACAUCCGCGUAUCUACUUGCGAGGGACAGCCAGGAGAGAUAUGAUGUGGAAGUCUUCGAAAUGCAAGAUCGCCUGUCACUCGAUUCCGCCUCCCACACACCCGCAGAACAACAACCUGCAACUCAUACGCAAGGCCGCAUCGAUCUACCAAUGCGUGCGUUUGCUGGUGGUUACUAUAAUAACCUGAAGCUCAUGUAUGAGUACCUCGGAUUGAAGUUCGCGUCGCCGAAAUUCAUCUAUCCUCUUUCUACCCUCCCAGAAGACGGUUCCGCAAUGGCCACACCCUACUAUAUCCACUCCUCCAACAACCAUAGAUUUCCCCCUUUACGGCCGGAUAAGUACCGACUUGGAGUGUGGAUCUGGGAGCUAUGCUACUUAGCAGCUUGUUACCUCUGGUUUACCGCUUGCUGCUUUCUGAUAGCGCCCAAAACCCACGACCAAUCUGGCGAAGUAGAGUCGCUUGAGGAGUAUAUCGAAAGAAUCCAGUUGCCGCGGUACUACACCAAGAAAUACCUGCUUCCGUUGAUGUCGAGCGUGACGACGUGUACCCAUGACGCCUUGCUGAGAUUUCCAGCGACUGAUAUCUUGGAAUACGAGAAACGGACGUAUGGAAAACCCCAUUUUACCGUUGCUGGAGGUAUCCAUCAGGUCGAAGAAAAGCUUUCUGCGGGCAUCAAGACAAGGUUUGGAGCCAAGGUCACAGGUGUGACGACCAUCGGAAACAAGGCCCAGAUCUCCUGGACAGACGUACACAGCCUCCAAACGCACGAAGAGCUCUUCGAUUAUGUCAUCCUUGCCGUGACUCCAGAUGUGGUGGGUGCCAUAUUCCAGCCUCUACGACGAGCCAUGAUGUCUGUGCCCACCGUCUCAGUGGAGACAGUCGUGCAUUAUGAUUAUAGCAGAAUCCUGCAGUCGAGCAAACAUCUAUGGAAGAACAUAGAUCAGAUCACAGCGCCUGCACAACCCAUGCAUAUAUGCUCAAACUCUGCGGCAACUGAAUCGAGCCAUGAGCACCCAUCAUCUGCAAUUGUGACGACAGCACCAGUGGCGCCAAUCGAUCCGACGAAGGUAGCGCAUCGCGUCAGACUUGUGCGGGUCCUGCGAACUACCAAGAGUAAGAAACUGAUCACUUAUCUUUUCGACGCAAUGCCACCUGCACAAAUUCAAGACGAGAAGUUACCCCACUGGCGGAAUGGAGACGGCAAUGUUUUCCUUGUGGGUGGCUGGUGCUGGGAUGGUAUGGUUCUUCUGGAAGGUUGCAUUGUGUCGGCUAUGAGAAUGGCAAAUAAACUAGGAGUUGACGUACCGUGGGCGGUGCCUCGUUAA